CUCGUCCAGCGGCUCCGAGCGCGACGCCGGUCCCGAGCCGGACAAGGCGCCUCGGCGGCUCAGCAAGCGGCGCUUCCCGGGGCUGCGGCUCUUCGGGCACAGCCACCAGCCUGUGCCUGCAUGGAGACGUUCUUUAGGAGACACUUCCAGCGGAAGGCCCCGGGCCCUGGAGCCGGGCAGCGGUGGCCCGGCAGUGUGGGGUUGCCCACUGGCAAGGCCCGGCGCCGCUCCCCCGCGGGGCAGGCCUCCGCAUCCCUGGCCCAGCAGCGCCGCUCCAGCGCCCAGCUCCAGGGCUGCCUCCCAAGCUGUGGGGGGAGCGUCAGGGCUGCCAGUCGCCGGCGCUCCAGUACCGCCCCCCCUGCCUGCAACCCUCGCUUUAGUGUGGAAACUGGGCCCGUCUUGUACCCCGCUGCUGGAGCUGCUAGACUUCUGGGUGCCCCUCUGCUGUUGGCUGGGCUUGUUGGCAUGGGAGAGGAGGAGGAGGAGGAAGGGGUGGAUGUGACAAACGCAUCAAGUGCUGCCCAGCUGAGCACCAGGACACCAGGGCCCUCUCUACCCAGGGGUGCCCGCCCGCUGCUGCCCAUACCCCGUUGCCUGCGCCGGGCCUCCUCCCACCUGCUCCCUGCUGAUGUGGUGUGUGGACACACACUCUGGGGCCUGAGAGGCCACUAUCGUCGCCUAAGCCAGCAGCGGCCCCUGGGCCCAAGAGCCUCAGGCACCACAGCGGGCUCCAUGAUCCCCACCCACAGGCACCGGCUGUCCCGUAGGCGACAGGUAGCCCUACGGCGCAAGUCAGCGGGACCACAGGCCUGGAGUGCCCUGCUUGUGAAAGCCAUCACCAAGUCGGGCCUCCAGCACCUGGCACUCCCUCCUCCUGCCCCUGGGGCCCCAUGCGGAGACUCUGAGCGACAGAUCCGGAGCAUUGUGGACUGGAGUGAGUCAGCAAUAUAUGGGGAGCACAUCUGGUUCGAGACGAACGUGUCGGGGGACUUCUGCUAUGUUGGGGAACAGUACUGUGUAGCCAAGAUGCUGCAGAAAUCAGUGUCCAGGAGAAAGUGUGCAGCUUGCAAGAUUGUGGUGCACACCCCCUGCAUUGAACAGCUGGAAAAGAUAAAUUUCCGCUGUAAGCCAUCCUUCCGCGAGUCUGGUUCCAGGAAUGUGCGGGAGCCAACCUUCGUAAGACACCACUGGGUACAUAGACGACGCCAGGAUGGCAAGUGUCGGCACUGUGGAAAGGGCUUCCAGCAGAAGUUCGCUUUUCACAGCAAGGAGAUCGUGGCCAUCAGCUGUUCCUGGUGCAAGCAAGCAUACCACAGCAAGGUGUCCUGCUUCAUGCUGCAGCAGAUUGAGGAGCCCUGCUCCUUGGGGGUCCAUGCGGCUGUAGUCAUUCCACCCACUUGGAUCCUCCGAGCCCGGAGGCCCCAGAACACCCUCAAGGCCAGCAAGAAGAAAAAGAGGGCCUCCUUCAAGAGGAAAUCCAGCAAGAAAGGGCCAGAGGAGGGCCGCUGGAGACCCUUUAUCAUCAGACCCACACCAUCCCCCCUCAUGAAGCCCCUGCUGGUGUUUGUGAACCCCAAGAGUGGGGGCAACCAGGGCGCUAAGAUCAUCCAAUCCUUCCUCUGGUAUCUCAAUCCCCGGCAAGUCUUUGAUCUGAGCCAGGGAGGGCCCAAGGAGGCGCUGGAAAUGUACCGCAAAGUGCACAACCUGCGGAUCCUGGCGUGCGGGGGUGAUGGCACGGUCGGCUGGAUCCUCUCCACUCUGGACCAGCUGCGCUUAAAACCACCGCCCCCUGUUGCCAUCCUGCCUCUGGGUACUGGCAAUGACCUGGCUCGUACCCUCAACUGGGGUGGGGGCUAUACAGACGAGCCAGUGUCCAAGAUCCUCUCGCAUGUGGAAGAAGGGAAUGUGGUGCAGCUGGACCGCUGGGACUUGCGUGCGGAGCCCAACCCCGAGGCAGGGCCUGAGGAGCGAGAUGAGGGCGCUACUGACCGGCUACCCCUGGAUGUCUUCAACAACUACUUCAGCCUAGGCUUUGAUGCACAUGUCACCCUGGAGUUUCACGAGUCUCGAGAGGCCAACCCAGAGAAAUUCAACAGUCGCUUUCGGAACAAGAUGUUCUACGCAGGGACAGCCUUCUCUGACUUCCUGAUGGGCAGCUCCAAGGAUUUGGCCAAGCACAUCCGGGUAGUGUGUGAUGGGAUGGACCUGACCCCCAAGAUUCAGGACCUGAAGCCCCAGUGCAUCGUUUUCCUGAAUAUCCCCAGGUACUGUGCGGGCACCAUGCCCUGGGGCCACCCUGGGGAGCACCAUGAUUUUGAGCCCCAGCGGCACGACGAUGGCUACCUCGAGGUCAUUGGCUUCACCAUGACGUCUCUAGCAGCGCUUCAGGUGGGCGGGCACGGCGAGCGCCUGACGCAGUGCCGCGAGGUUCUGCUCACCACGGCCAAGGCCAUUCCCGUGCAGGUGGACGGCGAGCCCUGCAAGCUGGCUGCCUCGCGCAUCCGCAUCGCCCUGCGCAACCAGGCCACCAUGGUGCAGAAGGCGAAGCGCCGGAGCACUGCCCCCCUGCACAGCGACCAGCAGCCAGUUCCUGAGCAGCUACGGAUCCAGGUGAGCAGGGUCAGCAUGCACGAUUAUGAGGCCCUGCAUUAUGACAAGGAGCAGCUCAAGGAGGCCUCUGUGCCCCUGGGCACCGUGGUGGUUCCUGGAGACAGCGACCUCGAGCUCUGCCGCGCUCACAUCGAGAGGCUCCAGCAGGAGCCCGAUGGUGCUGCAGCCAAAUCCCCAACAUGCCAGAAAUUGUCCCCCAAGUGGUGUUUUCUGGAUGCCACCACUGCCAGCCGCUUCUACAGGAUCGACCGCGCCCAGGAGCACCUCAACUACGUGACAGAGAUUGCGCAGGAUGAGAUUUAUAUCCUGGACCCUGAGCUGCUGGGGGCAUCGGCCCGGCCUGACCUCCCAACCCCCACCUCUCCUCUCCCUGCCUCUCCGUGCUCCCCCACACCUCGGUUACUGCAAGGGGAUGCGGCGCCCCCUCCAGGUGAGGAGUUGAUUGAUGCUGCCAAGAGGAAUGACUUCUGCAAGCUUCAGGAGCUGCACCGGGCUGGAGGCGAUCUCAUGCACCGGGACCCGCAGAGCCGCACGCUCCUGCACCACGCCGUCAGCACUGGCAGCAAGGAGGUGGUCCGCUACCUGCUGGACCAUGCACCCCAGGAGAUCCUUGAUGCUGUGGAGGAGAAUGGGGAGACCUGUCUACACCAGGCGGCAGCCCUGGGUCAGCGCACCAUCUGCCACUACAUCGUGGAAGCGGGGGCCUCACUCAUGAAGACAGACCAGCAGGGUGACACCCCCCGGCAGCGGGCGGAGAAGGCUCAGGACACAGAGCUGGCCGCCUACCUGGAGAACCGGCAGCACUACCAGAUGAUCCAGCGCGAGGACCAGGAGACCGCCGUGUAGUGGGGGCGCCCCUGGGGCCUUGGAGGGAUGACUACAGGGGACGAGCACCCUCCUAGCCCACCUCACUGCCACAUUCCAGACCGAUGGCCAUGGGGGGACCCAUGUUAUGGGGAAGGAGCCCCGUGCUGCCCUGAGGAGCCACCCAGACCUAGAGCUGGAUUCUGAGGAGCUGGACUCUCACCUGUCCCCCGCGAGGCCCCAGCCUGGCCUGGAGGCCGGAACAGGAAACAGGCUGGGCUGCAUGGGCCUGGUCAGGGCGGUCACCCCCACUGCAGCAGAGGGAGGAGCAGGGUGGAGGCUGGGCCCCAUCCGGGAGGCCUUCGGGAAGAGGCCUGGACAGCCACCUGGCCCUCUCCUCCCCACCACCCUCCGGCCCUCCUCCCAGACCGGCGCCUGCCGCAUCACCUGCCCGCCGCUCUGCUUGGCACCAACCCCUGUACCCAGUCAUUUCCUCGAAGACUGUGUGGCCUGGGGGUGGGGGCCGGCGCUCCCACGGUGACAUGUUUACAGCUGGGUGUGACUCAGUAAAGUGGAGUUUUUUUUUU